UAUUUUAUAGGAUGGAAAGAUACUACUCUGGGACCAGAGACUUCCGAAACCUGCAACAGAAUUAAGUAAGGAUACAACAAUAAUCCCAACAUCAAUAGCGUGGAAACCAGGAGAAAUGACUCAGUUUGCAGUGGGGAACAACAAUGGUCAGGUGUUGAUGAAAGAUAUUAGAGGAGGUGUAGGACCACUUGUUGAAAUCAACUGUCACACUAGACCCAUUUUUAGACUUGUUUUUUCCCCAAAUUGCCCUUCACUGUUGGCGUCUUGUGCUAACGAACCAGAUGUUGUCGUUAUGGACGUACAGAAUGAAAACUCUCAUAUAAUCUACAAAGACUCUAGCCAUGAGGAUUUUGUUCGUGGAUUAUCCUGGGAACCUAAGAACAACAGGCUCUACUCUUGUGGCUGGGACAAGUUAGUCAAAAGUCAUCUUGUUAGUAACAGCAGAAUGGAAUUGAAUGGACAAAAUCCUUGAUACGUUGUUCAGUAUGUUUUAUUUCUGCUAUUUAUGACACAUAAACAUUCAGGUUUUGAUUUAAAAAAAGUAAAACCUUGUAGCUGAGCUGGAAUAAAUUUGUUUUUAUUUUUA